UUUCAUAUCAAAGCCAGCUGUUGCCGUAAACAGACCGCGUAUUAUUGUUGCUCCUCACGAAGCCAGCCAGCAUCAAACACAACCGUUCUAUUUUUGUUUACAUUUUGUGGCUGCUCCCCUCGAUGCCGUUGGAUUGGUUUGGUCGUGGUUGCUAAUGUUGUUGUGAGUGCGCUGUCGAAGAUUUGAUAGAGACGGCGUAAGGGUUCGCGGUGUGUUCUUGGCCAACCCGUCGCUUUCCGACAGCAUUACCGACACCAGCAAGAUUAACGUAAACAUCAACAAAUAAACCAUUAUCAGCAGCCAUACAACAAUAUUCGGGAAUUGGAAAAAAGGCUUAUCCGCCAAGUGUGUUGUUAUUGGGGCAGAAUAAAACUAUAAGUUCAGACAGGAAGUUUUUGCUGGCAUCGAAAAGCCAAGAUUUGCCUCUUGUUGAUUGUGGAAUUUUGAAUUGCCAACAGGAUAAUAGUUCGGGUUUAAACAACAUUCAAUGGUGGAGUGAUUAAUCGGCAGUCGAUAGAUUCGCAACCCCAGAUAAAUCGAAUGAUGGUGUAGCAGUUGUUCCGGUUGAUUUAACGUGGAAGCAAAACAGAAGUAGAUCCAUAGAAAGCAGCAGCGUUCAGCAGCUGGGCCUCUAAGACGGAUGCACAUAUCCUUGUUUAACCUGCUGUUCGAAGAAGCGGCCAACGGAGGGCACGCAAACGGGCAAUCGUCAUCGUCGUCAUUAUCGUCAGGAAGUAGCAAUAUGGUGAAAACGUUCCAAGCUUACCUACCGCCAGCAAAUCGAACGUAUUCCUGUGUCCACUGUCGGGCACACCUAGCUAGUCACGAUGAGCUUAUAUCGAAAUCGUUCCAAGGAAGUCAGGGACGGGCGUAUCUGUUCAACUCGGUGGUCAACGUAGCGUGCGGCCAGGCCGAGGAACGCGUCCUACUAACAGGCUUACAUGCCGUAGCCGACAUAUAUUGCGAAUGCUGCAAGACACCUCUAGGAUGGAAAUAUGAACACGCCUUCGAGUCUAGCCAAAAAUAUAAGGAAGGAAAGUACAUCAUAGAACUAGCUCACAUGAUCAAGGAAAACGGCUGGGAUUGAUCGCCGAGCCAUUUCGAAAACCGCGUAAAUUAGAAUAGUGAAUAUACACUGCAACAGCAAACAAACAAACAAAACAAAACACAUAACAUGCGGAAACCGAAACGUUGCCUCACCGUGGCCAUCGGGGGGCAUCGUAGUCGGUCCGCAAAGCUACGCGCAUCUACUUUCCAUUCACAGUCAGUGUGUCCUAACAUGUUCAGCCGUCAGUUUCUUCUGUCCAUUCGCAAAUCAUCUUGUCAAACAUGUGUGUAGCCGUGUUGUCAUUUCCUAUCCACGUUAGACUUACUUUUUCUAACGUGUUCGUCUCAUCGCGUGUGAUCAAUCAUCGAACGGUGUCGUCAUUUUAUUAGAGUUGAUUUCUGUUUUGGUUUCAAACUUUUGUAUCGAACAUUCUGGAGGUCCAUUCUUACUUUUCACCUGUGACAACCACGUACACAAUUUGAAAACAAUAUUUAGUUUAUAACGAUGAUCUUAUUCCUUUGAAUCCCUUUACUAGUAGAAGGAAACAUUUACUUUCCUCCAUAAGAUAGAGAAGAAGAAGAAGAAGAAGAAGAAAAAAAAGAUUAACACUACUUUAUUGAUUAGUGAGAAAAACUGAACGAUCGAUAAGCGCGAAAGAAGCGGCAUAUUUGAAGUGAGCAAAGGUAUGCGUAUGUGCUUCAGUUAACGGUGGGACUGGGAUGGGACAUGGGUUGAACCUUUGUCUCCCGCUCGCUUGUUAUCACCCUUACUCGCGGUGGUGAAAUUUCUAAAGCAGCAAAGGAUGUUCUAGAGAAGAAAGGAAAAGGUACGCGAGAGAGAAAAUGCGAGAGUGAUAUUAGUUUUACGAAUGUUUCAAGUGAGGUAACAUUUAUAAAGAAUCGUAUUUUAGUCGAAAUAUAUACACGUCUUAGAAUCUAGAUUUAGUUCUGCGAGAGAAACAAAAAUAAAACUGAAUGAAGGAAGACAUACACUUAUGGUUUUAUAAAUCAGAAGUUAGAUAAAUGCGAGGGUAACGAAUGAAAUGAACACAGCCUGAGCAGUACUUGUAAUUUCAGUUUUCAGUUUUUUUUAUAGCGAAUGUGAUCAAUAUAAUAUUACAGUUAUAAUGUAUUUUUUAAUAAAACAAACUAUUUUUAAUAUACGUAUCUGUGUUUCUUUUGAAUCUGUUCAGCUAUCAGAGGGCCGCUGCACGAGUGCAGAAAAUAAUGUCAUUUAGUUUCAGUUCAACGAAGAACACACCAAGGAUAUAAGGCUAUCUCAGUGAGAUUCAUCCCGAGAACAAAACGAGCAACUAAAAUAAAAAAAAAACAUAGAAAGCAUUUUACUGCCAACGAUAUGAAUGAAGAACAAGAGAGAGAAAAAAACAAACAAACAACAGUAAUAGAACUAAAACCUCAAAAUUCACUUUCUCAGAACAAUAGCAGCAAAACAAGCAGAACAAAUACUGUGGAAUCGUUUUAAUCGAUUCGAGAACAUUUUUAUGCGAAUAACUACGACCGACUCGGCGCGUUUCGUGUCUCGAGCGAUCGUAAAAAUACAAUUUCGAAUUAGUCAAGCGACGAUACUAAAUAGUGAUAGUUACUAAAUAGCAAAAUAAAUAAAAAAAACUCGAUCAAAACAACCGCUUAGUCAAAAUAAUGAACGGAAGAUGAUGAAAAUAUAUCUAGCAAAUUUACUAUCAAUUCACCCGUGCUGUAAAUUGUGAGCCUAAAAUACAAUUCGAGAGAGUAAAAACUACUAAUGGUCGAUCAUUGCGGACGAAUGCAAACCGGAGUUGAAUCAACCACAACGGGUUGCAGAUUAUCUCGUCUGAUGGUAUUGAUGGGUGCAUUAUUUUUUUCAUUCGAAAGUUACUUAUUAGCCGAUUCGAUUUGAAGGAUCUUGAUAGAAGUAGUGAUUUAGCAUGUCCAAAAUUUCGACAAACUUUUUUCGCUAUGGUAGGGUACUUAUUUGUACAAAGUUCAAAAAUUGUUAGAAUCAACUCGAUUUUCGAAUCUUGCUCAAUAUACAGAAUAUUCGUUCUGAAGAAAAAUGUUCGCAAGUAGUAGCAGUAGUCUUUUGUCUAAUUCUAUUACACAUUUUCUCAACAUAAUAGGAUAAACGUAUUCCCAUUAAUCUCAGCUCCGCCCUUCAUUUGGUCUAAAAACCGUUUAAAAAGUAAAGGAUGAUAAAUGAUCUAUUAGUUUCGAGUUUUUGUGUCAAAUUAUUGCACACUUUUCCGUAGAUUUUAUGUGAAUCUUAAUAUCUAAAUUGCGGUUCUAAAGAUCUAACUGAAAAAAAAUUAGUCCUCAAAACUGGAAUGGAUUUGGCGAAAAAUAGAAUUCCUCAUAAAUUUCGAUGAAAUGGUUUUUUUUUACUUUGAGUGGCCUCAUAAACCCCCCUAUUCUAAGAUUUAAGUCCUACGGAAAUAUUUCUAAAAUAUCCUUUCUCUGCAUGCUUCUUUGGAAUGAGGGUGGAUAUCUUGUCAAGACAUUUGACGCAUUGUUUGAAAGCUGCAAAUUAGAUUGGUGCCUGUAUGAAUAUUGAAUACGCCCCAGGGAGGAACCUGGGAAUUGAACCACACAGUGAUCGCCUAAAACUUUGUACAUUGAUGGAUGGUUUGUUCAAUGGAGUAAUUUUUAUUUUAGUUGUACUUUACGAUUAUAAUAGUUCAAUUUGAUGUGGAAAAAAAUUGCGGGAUCGCGCUCAGCCUAUGUUAAUUUUUCGCUAAUUUUCAUUGCUACAAUUUCAUUCAUCAGUCUUUUUUUGAUUAUAUACGUUUUAAGUUUUUUUAAACUUGUCUCUCGGGCUAUAAAAAUCAUUUCUGAGAGCUCAUAACAACAUUAGUAGGAACUGUUAGUUUAGAGAGAAAAAAAAAAGGAAUCUUUUGAAUCGGACAUUUUCAACAAUUAUUUUCGUAUUGUUCUUAAUAAAAUCUUAAUUGAAACUUAGUAGAUCCAGAAAUUUGUUUGAAAUGGCUCAUUUAAAUCUGUUUGGUCACUACUUUGGAAGGCUCGCAAAUCAGCUAAUGUAUGUUUGUGAAGACACUUCUAUUUAAAUUUUCAUAUAGUUUUGCGUCGUGGCUGACCUGUUCAUUUACACGAAUAGGAUGGAAAAAAUAUAAGAAUAUUUAAAUUCAGAAACCAAGAGUUGUUGGUAUUCGAUUCCAACAUUAAUUGAUUUAGUGAUGUUUUCAUUGAUUUUACUAAUUGAGGUAAUGCAGCCAGAAUGGAUACUUUGAACACAUUUUUUUAAUAAAAAAAGUAACAAAUUCCAACUACCAAAUUACACAACCUUUUCGUAAGAUCUUUCUGUUAUAUAAGUUUGGCAAUUACAGUCUGCUACAAAGUAUCAAUAGAAUGAAAAAAUUCCAAGUAAAAUUUGCAUGGUCUCAUUUCAAUAAACUACGAAAAGUUUUUAGUUUCGUUAUUUUCUUCCUGCAGUGCUAAGUUUUCUAUUUUAAUAUUCAAAACAAGCAAACCAAGCCAUAGUUUUUAUAUAUUCACCUUUAUUAUGUACUUCGAUCGAUUCGGAAUUCUGUAACACGAUUGAAUUAUGCUUUUGUAUAAAAAACUCGAACUCAACAUUCACUGUGUGGGCCAAAUACUCCAUUCUCGAUUCAGUAGUAAGCCCCGAUUUGAAAUAUGAUUUUUUGAUUUUUAAUGAUUAUCUGACAAAUGUGUAUUGAAUAUACAGUUUUGUCAUUGCGUGCCCCAAUCAAAGUUAGAAAAUGCCUGAAAUAGGUUACAGAACUUUGUUAUCGAUCCGGAAUGAAGGGUAACGCUUUGAAAGAUCGAGGCGAACAAUUGCUUAGAAGGUAGAAGAUAGCUUCCUAUAUCAAACGUAUCGCAAAUUUAAAAUUUACAGAGCUUAUGAAAAUUUUUGUUUAAGUCUGUUUGUCUAUUACCUUUGCUAUAACGAUUGUAUAACACUUUUGUUGGUUUGGCAGCCGCUGGUUGUUGCCAGAACAAAAUUUUUAUCGUUUUGAAUAUCACGAUAGCAAGUGGUGCAGUAAAAAUAAUGAACAGAUCCAAGAUGGCGACGAACAGAAAAGCAUGUGCUUAUCCAGAUCCUGUUAGCUUGAAGAGAAAUUAGAAUUCAGUUCAGCUACGUUAUCGCACGGUAUCCCUUUGAACCGGCCCCCUGUCACGACGCCAUCUUGAUGAGAUCCAAAUCGGAACUUCAAAAUCAGCUGAUUGAAACGUAAACAAACAAUCAGUAAUGCAAUUGCUUUACGGGUUACUUCGUGCACGAAAAUUAACGAAUUUUGGGUCGACUCUCUCACAAUAACUUGUCGGUUUAGUUAAAUUACAUCAGACAGUGUUUUGGGACAUCAGGUGCAGGUAAUUUUCACAAUUUGAGUAUCGCGAUGAGUAUCAAAACACAAUUUGAGAAUCGCGAUGAGUGUUUCCCGCAUACGCAUGGCUGCCAGAUGGCUGACUAAACGCUGCCAGCUGAAAAAUAUGGCUGGCAGACAUUCUGGUGACCGACUGCCUCACCGCUGCCAGAUAUACAACUCAAACGAUCCUACCGUAUCCACCAGGAUUUUUCCACAUUGAAAUCUUUGACAUUUUCAGCGAAGGUGAGAAGAUGAAAACGCCCGGCUAACUUAGAUACAGGCGACUUUGUUUUGUCAAAUUGGAUUUGACAACCGUCACUGAAUCAAUUUUGGUAGCCGUCUGGUGGCCAUGGCUGCCCAGGUAGCCAAAACGCUAUGCGGUGUACUUUCAAAUGGCUGGUGCUCACAUACCGGUGUCAGAUGGCUGCUUUGAACAUAUCAUGUCAAUUGUAGAGGUGUGCAGUGCUGCUAUUUUAGCGCGCACGAGUUUGCCAGUUUUCUCAUCUACUCGUACUUGUACCUACUUGUACGAGAUUCGAUACGAACUCACCUGCGGGUACCAUGCUCGUAAAAACGACUAUCGCUAAUGAUUUCUCGAUGAACAUUAUAAAUUGUCACAAGUGCAAUUGACAGUUUCUCCGUGUUAACUUCAAUUAUUACGGUCUUCUAUAUUCCUGUAUUUUCCAAUGGUUUAUGGUUUCAGUCAUUUUUCUUUAUGAAGUGUUAGAUGGAAGGUAUACAGAUUGGAGAGAAAGUAGUCAAAGAGAAACUGUCAUUUGCACUUGGGACCUUUCCUAAUGUUUGGCUUCAUUUGUUCGUAAAAUGUGAGAGCUUGGAUAUCUUGGAAAUAUGAUGUCUUUGGCCUAUCGUCAUAUGGCUCUCGUCCAUAAGCAAUCGUUCGAAAAAGAUGUUGUUUUUUUAGAUUUCGGUACAUUGCAAGUCAGCCGCUGCUCACUUGGUUAGAAUCUCGGCAACCGUAAGAAGCCUGGCUAGAUUCUGGGCAAUAUCUUGGCGUUUCAUUUUUUUGUGGAAUUUCGUCCCAACAGAUUUCGCAACGGAUUCUUAUCGCACAGAACCAUUGUCGAUCCGGUUGACACUAAGAAUCAUUCCAGAUCGGGCUCGAACAUACGAUAGAUGUUGUGUAAGAUGAGAGCUCUAUGGAUUCAACGACCAACUCAGGGCUUUGACAGUUUUCAAAAACAAUGUCGUCAAUGUCGGUUAUGUCUUGCAUAAUUACUUUUUAUUAUUUUUUAGGGUAACGGUACACCCAUUUAUCUAGACUCCAGUAGUCAUCAUCAUCAAUGAUUCGCUUGAAGCGAAAUCAGUCUUUAACUUAGAAGCGCCAUCGCACGGCGUAACAUUGAACUUCGUAUGUCUAAUGAUUACUUACUGAUGAGAGUGUAGUGCUACUGUUUUCGUACUCAAAUUGGACAACAUUCUCACAUACGUGUAUGGAAAUUUGACUGAAGACAUUAUGCUCACAGAAAUGGUAAGUAGCUCAUAUUUUGUUUGUAAAAUCUGUGAGCUGAAUAUUGUUAAUAUAAAGUAACGGAGGAAAUUUGGCCACUUUCAUAUGUUUUGGGCCGGCUCUCUUUUUUUUGCUGCAACUAAAUAGAAGUAAAUAUUCAUAUGUAAUAUGUUAAAAAAAUGGAUGAUGUUGAGACAUGCGCCAUUAUUUCAAUAACGUUUUUUGGCAUGAUUGGGUUUGCUAUAAAGAAUGCCGGCAGAUUUCUUAAAGUGGUCGUCUGCUUGAUCCGUACUAGGGCCUACACUGAAAAAACUUGCACGUUGACAUUAUGAGCAACGCUUGUAAACCAUCAACACACAUUGUUUGAUUUCAAUUUGAUCACAAUUUGAAAAUCAAGUGUAUACAUUGCCUGUACAUUUGUGCUGUACUCAGUCCCACUUGAAAAUUAUGUGUUUAACACAUAUCAAAACAUAUUACAUUAUGUACAAAAACUGAAUUAGGGAACUAUAUUCGGAACCAUUUCAUAUUCAUAGCCUACGAUAUCAUAUCAAUUUCUGUUCCAGAAAACACAUCUAGAAUUCAUAUCUUGAAUUUUGCGACAGAACUCUUGUGUUGAAUUCCUGCUGUAGAAUUCUAGAUACAAGUUCCGAACUUAAAUUAAAGCUCUAAACUCAGUUCCGAAAUCUAGACAAGAAACUAGGUUCAAAAAUCUAGUUCCUGAAUCUAGAAUUAAGAGGAAGCUUGUUGCUUUUAGUACAAGUUGAGAUAUUCACAAUUAAUUUCUACCCUUCCACCACAAGGCGAAUUUUGAAAAGGCGCUCCAUAAUAAAGUAAGACUUUUCACGUCAACAACACAUUAAAUUGAAGUGCUAUUUUUAUCAGUGUAUCCACAUAUUGGAAUGCAUGCAGAUUCGUUGAUGUUUGAAGCGGGGAACUAUGCAAGAGAAAACCGCUUACGACCAGAAAGACAGAAACAAAGAAAACAGUGUUGAAAACAAAUAUACGAUUUCGAAAUGAGUAAAACUUGCAAAUAAAAGGCACCGUUACUAAAACAAAAGAAUUCCUUCGUUGUCGACUUUAAAAAGAAUUUGUUUCAGCUGAACAAAAGAAAUAGUGUUUUAUACAUUCAAUUUCUGAAGGAAGGCAGAGCAAUUGAAUUCGUUUAACAGAUUGAUCCUUAGAAGUGCGUAUGUAUCAUGAAGCACGUCGCAGUAUGAAGUAAUUCAAUCCAUUGAAAUGGAAUAGUGAGAUUUUUUUCAAUAUCGUACGUUUGAUACGAAUGCGCUUAAAUAAGGCUAUACCUGCUUAUGUAACUUUCGGUCCGGACUCAACGAUUCCAUGUGAAUCGCUUGUCAUCUAUGACCAUCAACUGGUUACAUGUCAAUGUCAUCAAUCAGUUCACUAUGAUAGGUCAGGCGCGAAAUUGGACGCUCAAAGAUCAAGAUACUUCUAAGAUAAGCUCUAAUCAAUGAAACACAGCGUCUGAUACAGCUCAAAACGAAACUAAUCUAUGGAAAAAAAGAUAUUGAUAUCGGUAAAUCCCAACGCUCAAUUUCAAACAACAGCAAGGCGGAUACUGUGAUGAUAUCAGUUUCGGAAAUAUCCACAUCGAUGUCCUGUCCAUCAUUCAGCAUAUAAGCCUACACGCUAACCUAAUCAUACUCAAACUCAUUGUAACUCAUAACUCAAAACAGCACAGCUACUACGCUGAUUUAUCGAGUUUCGGUUGUCUGAAGGCUGUUUAUUCCAGCUAAUUGAUAAUCUCCAAGUUGAAUGGUUUAUUUUUCCAAGUGUGGAAUUGGGUUACAGUUGUUAGAAGUUGAUAUGCGAAAUUAUUCGAAAAUAAAAUCAUCAUCAAAUUUGAAAGCAAAAUAUUUUAGUUAUUUUACAUAUCCCAACAUGUUCGUUAGGUUGUUGCUGUUUUAUUUGAUAUGGGCUGAUCCAUUUUAGAUCUACGACUAGUUUUAUUUUUCAAGCACAAAUUCGAAACAGAUUUAAAACUGAUCGACGAAUUUGUUUCAAAUUAAUGAAACUUUGAAACACGAAUAGAACACUAUUUUAAAUUUCUUGCUUGAGUGUUUGUAAUGAAAUCUGACAGACGAAAUUUCAAAGUGCCGAAUGACAUUUCAGAAAUUGUAGAAAUAUAAGCUGUAAAUGUUUUGCACUGAAUGAUACAGUAUCACUAAAAAGCACUCUUGCUCACUAUCAACCCGAAAUUCUUUUAGAAGUUCGUGACAAAAAUUCAUAUCGUUUUCGAAAUCAUUAUUUUGUUUUUUUCUUUUCUCAAUUGAAACAUCACAGUGAGUGUGCACAACACCAAUACAAUUACUUCGCGUUGAUAUCAUCAAGCUGACCGCAAAAACCCUCUUAGAAAAAAACGUUCAACGGUGGUCCUUCGUUGAUCCAAUACGUUGUAUCAUUGAUUCAAUGAACGUCCAAUCAAUCGUUUUACGGAAGACCAACACGGGAAUUUCGUUUGCUGAUUUUGAAACAGAAUGCCAUUUUUUUCGUUCAACAAACCCGGCAGACAGAGGUCCAUUGUUGAGCAAUUUUUAAUAUGAGGAGUUGGAGCCCCGUUGGACUAGUUUUACUGGACAAUUUCCUAAGUUUUUUCCACUUAUUUUUUUUAACGAACACUACAUACCUGUACAACAAAGCUUCUUUCUAUAUGAAGGUAACACCUAAUUUUAAGGACAAUAAAUCGACGAAAAAUGCUAUUGGCGGUAGAGUAAAAAUAUUUCAACUGAAAAAAGGAAAUAGUAUGAACGAUUUGGAACAGAUAAAGAAGUGGCGAAUGAAUAAUGAUUUGGCGAACAAUUGAAAUCGUUUUACUUCAGUCAUUAGUCAUUAGAAAAGAACAAAUAUAAUUUUCGUAUUUUCGAUGACGUGCUUCUCUGGAAAGAAUUAAAAAAUAAAGCCAAACCUUAAAGUACUUUUGAUUCGCUGUAAAUGAAUAUUAUUUGCAUUUCGUAGAAUAGUAUUGUUAUACCGAUUUUACUCCACUUUAUCAUUUAUGUGUACUAAAUUUUGAUUAUUGGACAGAACUUCACCACCUUUAAAAACUUAUUAACAAAGCAGAUAGUCUUGAUAAAUCUAAGUCGUUAAAACAUAACCUGAUACCAACAAUACAUUGAAAGUAUCCAAUACAAUAAAUAUUGGCCACAUACGGCAACCUGAUAGCACUGGGUUCAAAGACAUUUUUCGCAUGUUCGAGCCCCAGCCAGCGCUCAAGAAAGCCUCUAUCUGAUUAAACUGAUCGAUCUACGGCUCUAACAGGUGAUGAAACUGGAGAACUUGCAACUAAUCUCAAGUCUUCAAUAUGCAGUAACCAAGGUGAUAAUAACUGUUAUUCAAAAUCAAUAUAUCAUCAUCUUGAGUUGCCAGUUUCAAUAGUUUUUCCAACGAUUUCAUUUUGACAUUACCAGUUACUGAGGGGUAGUUAAAUUUGCGAUACAGUUUCGAUAGACGAGUGGCAGGUCGUGUCGUCGGUAGAAUCGUAGAUGCAUUAUUCUGUACACUCUAAAUUCUCAGGUCUUAACGAAAUGUUGGAAAGUAGUUGAGUUAAAUCAGCGCAUUUUCGGCUCCAUUGCGAAAACAAUAACUAAACAACGAAGCAGUAGAUCUUGCCGACUCGUUUUGUAGUCGAGAAGCAAAGGGUGGUAGUUCAUCUUGGGAAGCGAAACAGGAGUUUGUUUUGUAUUUGUAUUAUUGUUUUGUAUGAAGGCGAUGAUGAGAUUAGCAAAUAUUUCCCGUUCGUUGAAUAGAUGGAAAUUGGUUAACUCAAUAUGAUUUAUCAUAGUUGAAGAGAUGUGAAUAGAUUGUAUCGUAUUAGUAUGUUAUGAUAGCGGUUGAAUUUACCUUUUUCCAAAGACUAGAAUGAAUAGCAGCAAAUGCAGUCUAUCACUUUAUUGGACCAUUAUAUUCUUGUUUUCCAAAGAAUACUACUAUUCUGUGUAGAAUUUUCAUUACGACCUAAGUGCAAAUGACGAAUUAUGUUUGUUUAAGUUUUCUUACAAUUAUUACGGAAUAUUCCAGUAUUUUUCGAUAAUUUCCUCAGUGCAGACUAUAGGUUGAUAGUUUUCAUUUUUAUUAGUUAGAGAGCAGGAUUGCUAAGAGCCCCGUAAUAAUCGAAAGACAAUCUGUCAUUUGCACUUGCGCUCUAUGAGCAGUCCAGCGAAAACUUGCAGAUGUCGUCGCGAUUGACACAAUUUUGGGUGCUUCUUCCAUCAUGCUGGGAAUGUUUCAACUGCUGGGUUAUGUGUCGGAUUCAGUGAUUUCAGAUUGUUUGAUGUACAUGUUAAUAUGCAUUCAUUUGUAUCAAGAAAAUAUUCAGCACCCCGACAAAUGUUAUUUGCCAAUAAAUUCCAUUUUAUGGAAGACAAUCAAUUAAUAAUGGCUGAUUUCGAUAACUCCGUUUAGGCAAUUCAUGCUAAAUAAGAAUAUUCUAACACUCAAAGUAAAGCAAUCUUUGUAUUGAAAGUCGUAAACUUAACCUUUUGUUUCUUUCUACGUUACACAAAAUUAUUAUGGUUCCAAACAGCUGCAUAAUAGAACUCGGUUUUAUUUUCUAGACUGCGCUUUUUCAAUCCAUUUAAUUAUAGAACAACUCUAGCAGUGAAUAUAAAUUAAUACUUGGUCGGUUGUCAGUAGAAAGAAAAUUACUCUAUACGGGAAUACUUGAAUUACACAGUAAUAGAAGUUAUAUUAAAAAUACUGAUUAUUAUUAUUUGACUUUGGAAUGCAAAAACCUUUGAUGAAUUAAAGAUAUAGUAAUUUAUUCAAUACGUCUUUGAUUGAUUUCCCUUAUACUUAGCAACACUGUCUAUAAACCCAACCGGAGCAUUUAUUAUCCUGGUUUUCCAGACGAGAUUAUCACAAUUGACCAAUCAUAAACUGGAAUAUUCUAACAUAAAAUGGAAAAAAAACCAGCCCUUCCACCGUUGUCAGAUCUAGUUUUCUAGUGAUUUGAAAGAAAUUGAUUAGUCUAGUCUAGUGAUUUGAGCGACUGGGGAAUAAAAUGCAACAGUCGAGUAGGUGGCAGUAGUGGGCUUCUUAUAUCGAGCGGACAGUCAAUUUAAAAUUUUCACAGAGGGUGAAAAAACUUCGUUCGAGUCUCUUUAUCUGCUAUGUGUGGUUUUGAUAAAUUUAUAAAUUUUAAAAAAAGUUCAUCCAUGUUUAGGACCAUUUGAUGAUAUGCUAAUUCUAAGGUGGGGUCAAUGAGAGUCAGAUAAUAUAUGAUAUUCAUUUAGAAAUAAAAAUUUUAAUUUCACCUCGAAUUCCAACCAAACAAAAGCUUUACUCACAAAAAGUUGAAACGGUUUAAAUACAUAUUUCUUAUCUCUGAAAUAAAAAGAAACCAUUAUGUAAGAUUCAAAUAUUUACACAAAACAUAUAGUAAAAAUAUCUCCUAUCAAUGCCAUCAGAUCGGAUCAGAUGACGACCAUAUUCAACAACAAACAACCUUUUGGGGGAUAUGUCGGUAAUAUCCUCCUUAAGCAAUAGAACCUAGAGAAGCUAACAUCCACAGGCAACGUAAAAUCUAAUAACACGAGUAAACUAAUUUUCCUAAAAAAAGUAAGAAAAAAAAAACUUAUUUGUUAAUGCGUCAAAAACCGUGAUUCUCGGAUCGUUUGUGAUGACGUUUUAUGUCAGUUUGUAGUUUCUAGUUAAAUUUGAUUGGUUUCAUUGAUUGCAAACUGGCACGUGGCGAAUGUGCGCGCAGAACAUAAGAGGUUGCAACGAAAAUGUGUCAGCACGAGAGUGGGCAGCGUGCAAGAUGAAAGAGAAACACCUGAUAAAAAAUGCAAAUUGAUGUGAACAGAUGUGAUACGUAAUAUGUGAGUUCGGUUAAACUGAAAUGUGGUGGUCUAGUGAUAUAAGAUUGAUUGAAGAAUUGAUAAGAGAAAAUUUCGAAAGAUUAUGUUGUAAUGCGACGGAAAUUCCGUCAACAGAUACGCAAACCAUCAAUGCAAUUUAAAAUAUGUUUUUCCCCUCUCACCGACAAGGGUGAUACGAUAUGUUUCUGUUUUUUUACGUAGAACUUCUCUGUUUCUUUUCUGUAGGACUUAAGCCUAUGUUCGCAAUAGAAGAAAUAAAACAAACCAACAAACCCUACGUAAGGAGUAUUUUUGUAAGUGAUUAUUACCAGACAUUAUAAUGUGUACUAUUAUUGCUAUUAUUAAAUUGAAAUGGUUAUUAUAUA